CCAACUUCCAUCUUCGAAUCCCGCUCAAAGAUAGAUUAAUCGAAUGUGUUUCGAGACUGGCAGCCGUGCGAACGCUAUUCUUGGAAUGAGCUGUGUUACAUUGAGGGUUCGGGCCUGAUUCGUGAGCAACGACUUGUCUACCUGACUCACAAUGAAAGUGGCACUCGCAGGUGCAAGCGCUGGCGUUGGACGAAGCAUCGCCGAGGCGAUUCUCGCCAACGGGAACCACACUCUCGUCGUCCUCUCGCGCUCUGCGGAUAUCUCGUUCCUCUCAUCUCGUGGUGCGCUCAUCGCCGCAGUCGACUACUCCGAUCCCGCCUCUGUCUCACGCGCUCUGGACGGCGUGCACACCGUCAUCAGCGCCAUCGGGGACCACAGCAAGUCCGCGUCCGCCCAGCUCGCGCUCGUCCACGCCGCGUGCGCCGCCGGUGUUGCGCGCUUCGUGCCAAGUGGGUGGUCCGCGGCCGAUGUCACUGCAGGAUCGAUUGAGGAGGUCGAGCUCUACCGGUACAAGCAGCCGGUGCUCGACGCUCUCCGCGCGCAGAAUUCAAUGAAAUGGUCGCACCCCGAGAACGGGAUCUUCUUGAACUACCUUGCGACCCCUUCGAAGGGAAUCGCGUACUUGAAGCCCCUCAAGUUCUGGAUCGAUGUGGAGCAGUGCAAGGCAGUUAUCCCUGGCGACGGAAACAUCCCCCUGGUGUACACCGCGCUCGAGGACGUCGGUGCGUUCAUUGCCAAGGCGCUCGAUUCAGACGAGGAGUGGCCGAGGUCGUUGCGCAUCGUCGGGGCCAAAGUCACGCACAACGAGUUGGUACGGAUGGCUGAAAGAGUGCGCGGGCGUUCCUUCGAAGUGGAAUAUCGCUCAGCGGAGCAAUACACGGCGUCGCUGGUCCCCAAUCCGCCGUCACUCUACGUCAACCUCGCGACACAGCUCAGCCUCAUCCUGAUUUCCGGCCGUUUCACAUUCGAUUCAACUUUUGAUCACGCCGCCGGGCAUAAGUUUGUGCAACCACAGGAGUUUAUUAAGAAAUGGUGGGGACAUGUCCUUCAGUGACAGUAUUUGACUCGGUACGGCUUGAAAUACCUUGCAUAUAUUUCGAACUAGGUUGUCCCGCAAGACUCUGAAUGAUGGAUCUCUAUACAAUCGAUAGAUUUGUUACAGUACACGGUACUGA